UUUCAGCAUCAGGUCAACGUGAUGGGACCAAGCAAGCCACCUUUGUCUGGUGCUCCAUUUUCACCCACUACCCAGCUGUACAGGAAUGAAGCAAAGUCUUUACGACAGCAGGUAUUGUUUGAAUAUUUCAGCAGUGCUGAAGUGGUUUUCAUUUGUGAUCACUACAAAAAGAUGAGUGAGACCCAUUUCCUGAUGUAGGCCACUCAUGAAUGUGAGAUCUUCAUACUUGCUUUCACAACACUGUCACUCAUAAUCUUAACCCUUUUUGUUUUUUUUUUUUCCUGCAUGGAACUGAAACUGCACCUAUAAAUACUGUUUGUCUGUCUUAGCCUCUUACUUUACCACAUAGGCACUGAACGUAGAAACUUCAUUCUGUUACCGCAUUUUGGCUUUCCAUUUAUCCUUCAUCAUGUAUCUGUUACCUUUGUAACUCUGCUUCUCAUAUGAUACAAAUAAUACCUUUUUAUAUUGCCAUUACAACUUAUUAAUUUCAUUGCUAGAAUUCUUUAAAGUCUUUGCAAUGGUAUUGUCUGUUACAUUGUCAUUUUGGAGCAGAUUUUUCACUGUGGGUGCCUACCCAAAGGUGUAAAUAUGUAUGCAGUGUUAUUUACAAGGAUACCUACAUGCGUAAUUCAAGGUCAUUUUGAAUACUGACGUUUAUCUGAGUGGAGGGAAUUCUUGCAUGUGCUGGAGAAGUACCAUAGUGACAGAAUGCUGAAUCAUGGCCUGAACCUCUGAUUGACCACCUGAGGCAAGCAAUGAGUCAGCCCUGGGAGCACAGCUGAAGGCAAUUCACCUGUGCUGCUGGAAGGGGUGGAGCCUGGCUGCACUUCUCCUAGACCCAUUUAAGAGCUGACUGCCACUGGGAAAAGAUCUCUUCUGGAGAUCCCUCCUUUGGAGUUUUGCAGUAGGUCUAGGAUGAGGCUCCAGUUUAAUAGGAAUGUUCCAGCAGUUCCGGAAAACUUAUCUCUCAGGUUCUCUAACCCCCAUCCAAUUAUAAUAGAAAAACUGAAGUCAUCUAACGAUCAGAGAAAUCUAGGUGGAAGUGAUGACCCCAGUAUAAGAAGCUCUGGCAUGUUUUCAGUGAUAUCUGAAGAGAGACUAAAAUUGGCUAUUCAUCUAGCUAAAAGGGACAUAAAACGAAGGCAUCUUGAAGAGCAAGUGAAACAACAGGUGUUUAGAGAUGCUGUCAAUAAAUCAUUGUUAGCCCAGAAGUCACAAGAGCAGAUAAACAGAGCGUCUGAAAGUCUGGAAAAGAAAAUUGGGCUUGAGUCUCAAACUCAGCUGAAAUAUCACCAGAAACUUGUUGAGCCUUCCAAAAUGAAGACUACUUCCUCUGGUACAAAAGUAUUUCUCUACACACCAAAUGAGAGAAUGCUAAUACCAGCUGGUUUAGGCUCUUCGCUCACCCAUAAUACAAGACCAGACCCCAAGACAACAGUUAAAAUAAAGGAAAAUAAAAAUAUUAUUGAAAUCCAACAGCUGCAAAAAGAAUUAAGAAGUUGUGUCCAGAAAAUUGAAGACCUAACUAAAAAAGAGAGAGAUGAAGAAAACUUAGAUGCUGAUGAACAGCACCAAGUUUGCACUCAAAGACAGAAGCAAGCUGCGCGGUCUGCUCAGAUGCUGUAUGUACUCCAGCAACAGGUGAAAAAAAUUCAGGAUGAUUUAGAAAAACUGAGUCCUUAUAAAAUCAAACAUACUAAAAAGUCUCGAGCAGUGUCCAAAUUGGCAGCAGCACAUAGAGGAGCUAUACGAGCCUUGCAGGCAUUCGCCAAUCUGUUUACUGAUCAAACAGGGCAAUGGGUUCCUACCCACUACAAGGAGCUGGGCAGCCUCAUUCGACAGCUGUCACUCUGUUCUGCCAAACUUGAACUAGAUUCUUCAACUUCUGAUGUUAUAAUAGAUAUUUUGAUGCAAGUUGAGGAUCUGAUUUCAUUGUUGGAAAGGAAACAAACUCCCAGAAAAGUGAAGGAAUGUCUUUCAGCAUCACAUGGCGAAUCCUCAGUGAACACUGUGACAUUUCCAGCCAGAAAGCAGCUAACAACUCCAAAAGGAGAAAAUAAGCCUCUCAUCUUAAAAAAACAACGUAGACGAGGACCCAGAAAAUCUCCAGCUGCCAGAGGUCUCUUGAUUGAUAAACAUCAAUACGUUGCAAAAAUUUCAGCAGUUCAGAAGAUGAACGAGCACACUCAUAUGUUGCAUGAUAAAUUCCAGGACGCGAAUGAUCUUCCUGCUCAACAAAGAAAUACUGUUUUACAGGGAAGCCUAGAGGCACUAGUGAGAUCUAGAGCUGUAAAAAAAGAUCCUAUCCUUCAAAGUGGCUCUUUAAAGAAGAAAGACACGUUAUUAUCUGCAGAAUCGCAGGGCAUGCCUAAAUCUCUGAAACCAAGGCAGGUGCAGCCUCCAGGAAAGCAUGCUCGAUUUCAAGAAACAACUAUAGCUUUUCAGUUAAAAGAGAACAAACGAUUUGUUAAGGAGAGCAGCAUACCCUGGGUGCCUUCAAACUCUGCGUUACCUCCUGCUUCACCUAAACGACUGGCAUGGCGUGAAGCAGAAGCUUCAAGAAGAAUGAAAGUUCUGACUGAUCUUAACAGAAGAGAAAUGAAAAAAGGACAAAAGUUAAGGUUGCGAGCUGCUUCUCCAACUCAGUGUGCAGACAAAGUCGACAAAGCAGUAUGUGAGCACCUAGAACUUCCAUUGGAUAGGGCACAGAUAAUCAAUAUUUCCUUGGAAUCAAACUGUCAUUUGAAGGAUCCUUCAAUUACAAGACAGCUUUCAACUCACGCAGCUGAGGAGGUUGCAGCAAGUGCAGAUAUUCUGAGUGAAAAGGUACUGGAUGAUCUUUUGGAAGAUACUGCUCAGGAACUCUGGAAUAUGGCGCAGUGUAAGAGACUUCAGGCUGAGAAUCUGUUUGUGGCUGAUGGUCCUAGUCUGGAAGCAAUGUUGCAAAGAAUGGAAGAAAUUGAAAGAUAUCAGGAAACUGUGUGCAGGAGAUUCACCCAGAUUGUGUACAGUGAUUCAGAAUUCAGGGCCCAAGAGGAUAAAUUUGAUCAACAAAUGGCAUUAAUAACUCAACUACCUACAUCUCCUCAUUCAAUUCAGAUAACCAAAUUAACUAGACAGAUACAAUCGGAAACUGACAUUUCAUUUGAAAAAAUUUUUGAUGACAAUGGCACUAACAAAAACAAAGAAGCUCAGAAGAAAUUGCUGACUGGAAAUAACAUUCUGCAGCCCUUGACUCAGAAUUCUGUGCAGAAAAAGUCCUACAUUUCUUUCUCAAUUACAAAGCAUAUGCUCCAGAGCAUCCUGGAUUACAGCAGCAAAUACAAGCAUCACCUAAACCUUAUUUUCCAUGAAGCAGUAGGCAGCUUCAAUCCAUGGCAGAUUGCUGAAAGUCUUGCAGAGGAACUAACAGACGAAGCCCUGUUUGAUGUAGCAGCAGAGCUGCAGGAUGUUUGUGAGGAUUAUGCUGAAGCUGUAUUCACAUCAGAGUUUUUGCAGCCAGCAUAGUAAGUGCUUUCAAAUCUGCUCCAUUACUAAAUGAAUCAAGCUCAGUCUAAUAGUUUUAUCAGACAAUCUAAUUUUUCCUAUUUUGCUUGUUUGUUCUUUUGGUCUGUGAGAUUUUGUUCUCUAAAAUGAGUUAAAUCCAACAAGAAUUCAUGUCAGAUUUUUAUGGAACCAAGAUCAUAAUGUUUUCCCUUUCAGGCUUCCUGGAUUUAUCAGGACUAUCGUUGUUGUUGUUGUUGUUUCAUUUCUUUGACCAGCGUUUCAGUGGAAUGAUGUGAGCUGUUACAGGUGAAUUUUAUAUGUUUUGAUAGGUAUACACAUCCAUUUGUUUACUUCCAGUAACUUCAUCCAUUUUUGUGUGUAAGCUACUGAUGAGAAUAAAAUACUGGGAAGGGGACACUGGUUUAAGCUAUGUCGUGGACUUAGCUGCACUGUGCCUCAGUUUUCUUUCAAUUGGGAGAAUCUCACUUAAAUACCUCCCAAAGGAGUUAUGGGUUUUAGUUUAUUUCUGUAAGAAAAUGCAUUGAAUUUUUCUGAUAGCUGUGUUGGAAGAGCAAUUCAUUAUUGAUACAAAUCUAACACCCAGAUGGAAAAGUGAAGAACAAAAACUGUUGGCUUUGCUCUUUGGAGCUUUAUGUGUUGUAAAAUAAAAACACUGUCUGACCACCAUAAGGAAUAUAUGGAUUAGUUCUUUUUAGGAUGUGUCAAUCCAAAGGAAGGAUUCCCAUGGCACAGUACUAAGAAGAGGUAAACUCUCACACUGGCUGUAGACAGAGCUUGCUCUCUUAAGAGUGAAGUACCUCUCCUGUUUGUUUUAGAAUGUCACUAAUACAUUAUGCACAGAUGAAUCCUUUCGAGAGAAGCAUGUGAUGGAAACUUCCUUUUUUUAAAAUUCAAAUUAGCUUAAAAUAUUAUUUAAACCUUAGCACCUUAGAGCUUAGUGAUCCAGCCCUACAUUCUUUAGUCUUAGCAAUUCCAUUAAAAUCAAGAACUAUGAAAUAAAUGAAAACUGUGAUUUCUGCAAUAUAGUUAAUAAUCACUCUAAUAGUUUGGGUUAUGCCUGGAAUGAGCAAUAAGUAAGAUUUAUGGUACUAUUUGGGGGAGAUCAGCCCUUGAGGUAACCCAAAAAACAGUAUGACAGUUUGUAUCCUUUAAGUCUCUUUUCUGUAACUGUGUUGCUCUCAUCAGGGUAAGUUUGACCUUCUAAGACUAUUUUUAUUCCUUCUUAUUUGAACAUAUUUUAUUAAAAUAAUUGUUUUUAUUGAGGACUCUUACUGUUUUGUUUGUCUUGAAUUUUACACCAGAAGUAACAAUGUAAAUAUUACUGAUGUAUGAUUUUGUGUAAUUUCUUAUAAACACCAUCUUUUAUUUAUGUAGUCGUAUAAUAAGUUUAAUUUAAAAUAAAAAAUACUAAGACGUAGUGUCUGUAUCUGCAUGUAUGCUCAUGGAAGUAUUGUCAAGAUAUUCUGUUUCUGAAUAAACAGUGUGUCUUUCAUAGGACUAAGCA